AGUUACGUUGCGUCGGUCGACUACGCUGCUCUCUACUUCUACUCUGCUGAACUGCUCAUGCGUGACGUCAUGAAUGGAGUCACGUGGCAAGAAAUAACAAUGAAUGCUUGGUAACGGUGAUCAGAUGUGCGAUUGUUUCAUAAAUUACACGAAAUAAAAAUUGCAGCACUUCCUGACUGAAAAGUGCACGUGCAAGUAAGCAAAAUGGGAAAAAAGUUAAAGAGGGAUACUUCUAAUAAAAAGAAGACACAUAAAGAUCUUGACAAAGAAAAUAUUUCUAAGAAGAAUAACAAACCUGUUAAGAUUAAGGAUCAAAAAAUAAAAUUUAAAAAUAAACCUAAGAAAAGUACACAGAAUCUAAAGCAAAAAUUGAAAAAGUUACAUAAAAAUGGAGGAAGUCGUUCAUCCUUAAAUAUUUUUAAUAGUAAUAUUGCAGAUGUAACGAAUAUAGGAAAGAAGGUAAAAGACAAGAAAAUGAAGGUCCAAAACAAAGGUGCAAAGAAUCAAGACAAAUUUCAGAAAAAUCAAAAAAACAUAAAGCAAAAAAAUCAGUCUUUUAAACAAACUAAUAUAAAGAAAAAUAAUGUUACAGCACUUGGAAAGCAAGAAAAAAGCUCUUUGUUACCAAAUUCAAAGGAAAUAAGCAUUGGUAAGCAUAAAAAGACAAAGAAGCAAAAGCAAAUUGAGACUAAUGAUAAAACAGGAAAAGAAAAGUCAUUAACAUCGAAGAAAGAAAUAAAGAAGAGAAAGGAACUUCCAGUUGCUUUCUUAGGAAAAAGUAAUAACCCUAAAAUGUUAUCAAGGCGCUAUAAUUUAAAUUUAAAGAAAUUAAAAGAAAAACUUGCUACUAAAGACAUUGAGACUAAUGAUAAAAUAGGAAAAGUAAAGUCAUUAACAUCAAAGAAAGAAAUAGAGAAGAGAAAGGAACUUCCAGUUGCUUCCUCAGGAAAAAGUAAUAACCCUAAAAUGUUAUCAAAGCGCUAUAAUUUAAAUUUAGAGAAAUUAAAAAAAAGCCUUGCUGCUAAAGAAAUUCUGGCAGAGUCAAAGCCAAAAGCCAUCGCAAAAAUAAAUCCUCUAAGAGAAAGAAUGAUGUCUAAAUUAAAAGCAUCCAGAUUUAGGUAUUUGAAUGAAACAAUGUAUAACAAUAAUAGCUUGGAAUCAAAAAACUAUUUCAAAGAUGAUCCAGAUUCAUUUAAAGCAUAUCAUGAGGGAUACAAACAGCAAAUUGCACAGUGGCCAUUAAAUCCUCUUGAUGUUAUAAUAUCAUCUUUUACGAAAAUGCCGAAAGAUUAUGUUAUUGCAGAUUUUGGUUGUGGAGAAGCAAGACUUUCUACUUCGGUCACUCAAAAAGUACAUUCCUUUGAUUUUAUUUCUUUAAACGAAAAUGUAACAGCAUGUGACAUGGCACAUACACCUUUAUUAACUAAUAGUGUACACGUUGUUGUAUUCUGUUUGUCACUUAUGGGAUCUAAUCUUAAAGAUUAUAUUAUAGAAGCAAAUAGAAUUCUUAAACAAGAUGGUAUUUUAAAAAUAGCUGAAGUUGAAAGUCGAUUUGACAGCGUGGAAGAUUUUAUUAAAGUAUUAAGUGACUAUGGUUUCCAAAAUAUUUUAAAGGAUUUGUCUCACAAUUUGUUCUACUUCUUGGAUUUCAAAAAGCAAAGAGACAUAGGUCGUAAAAGAUACAAAUUAUCUCCUAUUACGUUGAA